AUGGUGAUGAGUGCAAGGAAUCUGAGUGUGAAGAUCUCCUUUGCCCUCUUGGGUUUCACAGAUUACCCAGAGCUGCAGCUUCCUCUCUUCUUCCUGUUUCUGCUCAUGUACAUUAUCACUGUGGUAGGAAACCUGGGAAUGAUAGUGAUCAUCAAGGUAAACUCCAAAUUUCACACUCCCAUGUACUUUUUCCUUAGCCACCUUUCAUUCGUGGACUUUUGUUACUCUACCAUCAUCACUCCCAAGUUGUUGGAGAAUUUGGUCGUGGCAGAUAAAAGCAUCUUGUACUUUAGCUGCAUGCUGCAGUACUUCCUGUCCUGCACUGCUGUCGUAACUGAGUCCUUCCUGCUGGCGGUGAUGGCCUAUGACCGCUUUGUGGCCAUCUGUAACCCGCUGUUGUACACAGUGACCAUGUCACAGAGGCUCUGUGUCCUACUAGUGGCCGGGUCAUACCUCUGGGGUAUGUUUGGCCCCUUGGUGCUCCUUUGCUAUGCUCUGCAGCUUAACUUUUUUGGACACCACGUGAUCAAUCAUUUUUUCUGUGAAUACACGCUCAUCGCUGUCUCGAGCUCAGAUACACACAUGCCCCACCUGCUGCUUUUCGGCUUUGCCACCUUCAAUGAAGUGAGCACAUUACUCAUCAUUCUCACAUCCUACAUCUUCAUUUUUGUGACUGUGCUAAAAAUCCGUUCUGCCAGUGGGCGUCGCAAAGCCUUCUCCACCUGUGCCUCCCACCUGACUGCCAUCACCAUCUUCCACGGGACCAUACUUUCCCUCUACUGUGUGCCCAACUCCAAAAACUCUCGCCAAACUGUGAAAGUGGCUUCUGUAUUUUACACAGUGGUCAACCCCAUGCUGAAUCCUCUCAUCUACAGCCUGAGAAAUAAAGAUGUGAAAGAUGCCUUCCGGAAAUUAAUAGACAUAAAAGUGCCACAUUACUGA